AUGGCUCCAUCAAGCAAAUACCAAAGCAAUCUCAAGAAUCUCAUGUCUUCACUUUCUUCUGUUGCCUCAACCAGCAAUGGAUUUGGUAACAGAACUGCAGAUUCUAGCAGAUUGAUCCAACAGCAUUGUCCCAAUAAUGCUACUGCAGUUUUAUGGUACCCAUUUUGCCUUCUCAGGUACUCAAACCAGGAUUUCUUCGACAAUCUAACGCUAAGGCCUCGGAUUCCCAUGUUUGAUGCAUCACAAAACUUCACGAGUGCAGGAGAGUUCGACAGUGACGCUACGAUUCUGAUGAACGGUUUGAUACAGACAGGUUCAAAGACAAACCUGAUGUUUGGGACACACGUCUUCAACAUAAAUGGCACCCAGAAAAGGUAUGGUUGGGUUCAGUGCAGCAGAGACAUAACCAGUGAUGAGUGCAGAACAUGUCUGAGCAAUAUGCUAGAAGAUGUUGAGAAUUGCUGUGAAGGCAAGAAGGGGAGACCGGGUUACGGGAUUUCAGAUCCCACUAUGAAUAAUGAGAUGUUCUACUAG